AUCCGGGUAUUUCAUGCAUACAGAAAAUUUGCACACUAUGCACAGCAUACAUACUGGAUACUGCAGAAAUUUUAAGAGUAGUAGGAUUGUAUGGCAUUUCGAACACAGCAUGAGUGUCAAAAGUAGCGCACCGAUUAUUGGUGGAAGAAUGCACAAAUCUAAUCGGAGACAUCAUGAUUCGUACCAAUCCGAAUCCCCGCUUGCUGAGGGUUGUCGUAGGUCUACGCCUUCUGCAGGGUUGGCGGAAGUGUAAACCAGCGUGUGUGCAGGAAGAGAAAUGGCGGACGCGGUGUCUAUUUUCAUGUCAAUUGGCCUUAGUGAGCAGAAAGCUAAGGAAACAUUGAAAAAUGAAGCACUCUCAUCAACACUCAAGAAGGCCAUCGAACAGGCUCAAGGGCUGCUGGGGUCCGCUGGCAUUGAAAAGACUGCAGGCACUCUGCUGUAUAAUAUGGUGACACGACUCAAAGACUCCAAUCGACUGUCUUUCCUCACAGAAUACAUCAUUACACGAAAAAUAACCUCAGAACUGCAGCUGUCAGUGGCGUUGGACUUUUUAAAAAGCCACCCUCAGGAGAAUCUGGAUCAACUUGAGUUUGAGGCCGCCUGUGGGGUGGGAGUGGUGGUCACACCUGAGCUCAUAGAGGAUGCGGUAGAAUUGAUUAUCAGGAAACACAAAGAUCAGCUGUUGGCAGAGAGAUAUCGCUUUAACAUGGGCAUACUCAUGGGUGAGGCCAGGACUGCUCUCAAAUGGGCUGAUGGGAAGAUUGUCAAGAAUGAAGUGGAUAUGCAGGUGCUGCACCUUCUGGGUCCAAAAACUGAGGCAGACCUGGAGAAAAAGCCCAAG